AUGUCUACAUUAAACGAAACUGUAAACCGAACAGAAACAUCUGAGACUAUCUUGUUCACAGUGCUGUGUCCCAACGAAACAUCCCGAAAUCCGACCAUCGACAACAGUCCCCCGGAAUGGAUGACUCUUUGCUUAACAAAUGGAUGUAUUAAAGUAGGACAACGGAUUUAUCGGGUUAACCACAACGUUCACUUAGUCGCUUUUGGUAAAGCUGCCUUGCAUAUGGUGCGUGGUGCGGAGGAUGCAUUGGAUGGUCAUAUCAUUGAAAGUAUUGCAAGUGUUCCACGGUGCACGCUCCAAAAAUUAAAGAACAUAAAUUUACGAACGGAAUUUCUGGAAGGUGCAACAAAUAACCUGCCGGAUGAGGAUGCGUGCAAUAAUGAUCAAUUGGUUGAAGAAAUGGCCGAAAGGUUGCAAACAUCAAACGAUAUCUUUCUUGUGGUGGUUCAGCGCUUCUCCAUCUCCAAUUUCUUCUAUUUCACCGAUGAUGAACGAAAAACUAUAAAUGCAAUGACUUCGCGAGAAGCUAAUAUUAAUCAGGAACUGAAUGCUUGGGAUACCAUAUCAGAUGCGGUGCGAGCUGCUCUUGAGAAACCUCAUGAGAUGAAAUCAAUCCAUGUGAGUACAUGUUUAUCACGAAUCCUGUCUUCAGUUUUAAACAAAAGUUGA